UCCUACUACUUUGACCGGGAUGAUGUGGCUCUGAAAAACUUUGCCAAGUACUUCCGUCAUCAGUCCCACGAGGAACGUGAGCACGCUGAGAAACUGAUGAAGUUACAGAACCAAAGGGGCGGACGCAUCUUCUUGCAGGACAUCAAGAAGCCGGAUCGCGAUGACUGGGAGAACGGCCUGACUGCAAUGGAGUGUGCCCUGCACCUGGAGAAGAACGUGAACCAGUCGCUCUUAGAACUGCACAAACUGGCAACUGAAAAGAACGACCCACAUUUGUGCGACUUCAUCGAGACUCACUACCUGGAUGAACAGGUGAAAGCCAUCAAAGAGCUGGGUGACCACGUGACCAACCUGCGGAAGAUGGGGGCGCCCAAAUACGGCAUGGCCGAGUACCUCUUCGACAAGCACACCCUCGGGGACAGUGACAACGAGAGCUGAAGCCUUGCCACCAGCCGCCCCGUGGGUUUCAGCGGGACUCCCAACUCUACUGUCCAGCCGUGCAUGCAUCUUCAGCUAUCUAGAUAAACAGUUGUCAUAUUCUGUACCAAAUAUCGCCCCUCUUUUAUCUUGUGUUUUGUGUAUUGCCCUCCAUCCAAUAAAGUGACUUGGUUCGAG